AUGUCGAUAACAUUAACGUCUCUGGAACUAUUUCUUCUUCUCCAUCUUCUUCUUUGUCUCGAUUUCUCUUCUUCUCUCACCAUACCACUCGGAUCUACUCUUCACGCCUCAAAUCGCAACCACUCAUGGUAUUCUCUCAGCUCCGCCUUCUCUCUAUCCUUCAUUCCCGCCGCAAUUCCCGGCUCCUACCUCUUCGCCGUCGUGUUCUCCAACACUGUUCCUAUCUGGUCAGCCGGAAUCGUCGAUUCCGGUGGAUCUUUCCGCCUUCUCCGUUCUGGCUCACUCCGACUCGUCAACGGCUCCGGCGCUACUGUGUGGGACUCCGGCAGCGAAAAUCAAGGAGUUGCUUCCGCCUCUCUCGAAGAUUCUGGAAACUUCGUCCUUCUCAAUCGCAGAAACUCGACGGUGUGGUCUUCCUUUGCUCACCCGAGCGACGUUAUCGUCCCGACGCAGAGUUUCACCGUCGGUAUGUCGCUCCGAUCUGGUUCUUACUCGUUUCAUCUCUCGAAAAAUGGGAAUCUGAAUCUCAAGUGGAACAAUAGCGUAGUGUACUGGAACCUAGGGCUCAACUCCUUAAUAGAUGGUUCGAAUUCGAUUUCAAAUCUCUCGUCUCCGAGUUUUGUUCUGAAACCCAACGGAGUCGCGUCGAUUCUCGAUUCUAAUUUACCAAACGGCGGUGCGAUUUCUGUUUACAGCAGCGAUUACGGAGAAGGAAACGAUGUGUUUAGGUUUUUGAAGUUAGACGACGAUGGAAAUCUGAGAAUCUACAGUGUUUCUAAAGGCAGUGAGAUUCAAACGCAGGGAUGGGUGGCUGUUGUUGAUCAGUGUCAAGUGUUUGGAUUCUGUGGAAGAUUUGGGAUUUGUAGAUACGAUGAUUCGGGUCCCAAAUGCGAGUGUCCAUCGGAGAAUUUUGUUCCUGUAGAUGUGAAUGGUAUGAGAAAAGGUUGUAGAAGGAAAGUGGAGCUUGAGGAUUGUCAUGGUAACGAGGCUAUGCUUGAUUUGGAACACACUAGGUUCUUAACAUACCAACCUGAAGUCUCUGCUCAGCGUUUCACGCUUGGGAUAGAGGCGUGUCGUGUGAAUUGUCUUGUUGGUAGUUUCUGUGUUGCUUCUGUUCCAAUGGCCGAUGGAUCUGGUGUUUGCUUCCUUAAGCCACCUGGUUUCGUUUGUGGCUACAAGAACCCUUCACUUACUAGUACCUCUUCCUUAAAGGUUUGUAAACCAGUUUUACCAUAUUCUUUGAAGAAAAGUGACGAGCGUUGGCCAAUCCGUGUGUGGAUCAUUGCGGUUGUUGUCAUAGCUACGCUUUUGUGUUUGGUUGCAGUAGAGGUUGCUUUGUGGUGGUGCUGCUGCGGAAACAGAAGCAAGUUCGGAGCUUUGUCAACACACCACACUUUACUUGAGUACGCAUCUAGUGCACCCAUGAGGUUCUCUUACAAAGAGCUGCAACGUUGCACCAAAGGUUUCAAGGAGAAGCUUGGAGCUGGAGGUUUCGGCGCUGUGUAUAAAGGCAUGCUCGCAAACAGAACUGUGAUUGCCGUGAAACGAUUGGAAGGGAUAGAGCAAGGAGAGAAGCAGUUUAGAACAGAGGUCGCCACCAUAGGCAGCACACAUCAUUUGAACCUGGUCAGGUUAGUAGGUUUCUGCUCCCAAGGACGCCACAGGCUUCUCGUCUAUGAGUUUAUGAAAAACGGGUCGCUCGACAAGUUCAUUUUCGCGGCGGAAUCUGGGAGAUUGUUGAGUUGGGAGUACCGGUUUUCCAUUGCCCUUGGAGCCGCUAAGGCGAUUCUUUACCUCCAUGAGGAGUGUUCUAAUUGCAUUGUACACUGCGAUAUCAAACCUGAGAACAUUCUCUUGGAUGAAAACUUCAAUGCCAAAGUGUCGGAUUUUGGACUUGCCAAACUCAUACCUAACGACGAUAGAUACUGGAACAUGAGCUGUGUGAGAGGAACCAGAGGGUAUCUAGCACCAGAAUGGCUUGCAAAUCUGCCAAUAACUUCAAACUCUGAUGUUUACAGCUAUGGAAUGGUUUUGUUAGAGAUUGUCAGCGGAAGACGGAAUUUUGAAGUCUCGGAAGAAACAAACCACAAGAAAUUCUCAGAUUGGGCGUACGAGGAAUUCGAAAAGGGUAACAGUGAAGCAAUCUUAGACAAAUGUCUUCACGGAGAUGAAACAGUGGAUAUGGAACAAGUGAGGAGGAUGGUUCAGGCCAGUUUCUGGUGCAUACAAAAGCACACGUCUCAUAGGCCGUCUAUGGGGAAAGUAGUGCAGAUUCUAGAAGGAAUCGUGGAGAUGAGCAAGCCAUUGGCUCCAAAUGCUAUACCCGACGUAUCAGUUACAUAGAACACGAUACACGAGCAGUGUUCUGGCGUUGGCUGCACAGCUCUGCUCCUUUCUUCGUCUUUUUUCCCCACAAAUUGCCAUAAGAAAUUGAGAUGGAGCUUCUUAUUUUGAAGGGACCUACGACAGGCUGAGCAGUCUUUAAAAGUCUUGAUCAAGAAAGAUGACCUGAAAUAGAGCAUAUGGAGUUUCCAGGCAGAGUCUAAGAUACAUUAUACAGAACAGGAAGGAGUUUAGUAUGGGAACUCGACAAUACUUCAAAUCUGCAACUUUAAGAGCUCUUGCUUUCCUUUAUGAUCAAUCCUC